CUGGCUCAUGUGUCUUCAUAAAGCUCUAAGCCAGUUAUUAAUAACAGCCCAGUGAACCUCCUGAUCCACCAAGAGCAUAUGGUGUUUUUCACGAGAGAGAGAGCGAUCAUUCCCUUGACUUUGGACUUCUCUGAUUGAACUCCUGAACUGGACCAAGGUUGCUAAGAGACCACCUGUGCUGAAUGCACGUUUUUCUAGCAAGAGCAAACUGAGAGAAAACCAAAGAACCGCGUCAUCUACCACUACCAGGGACUAAUUCAGGAAUAAGAAUAUUCUGGAUAUGACUGGUAAAAACUGGAUAUUGAUUUCUACUUCUACUCCUAAGAAUCUGGAAGAUGAAAUUCUGGGAAGACUUCUGAAAAUCUUGUUUGUAAUCUUCGUUGACUUAAUGUCUAUUAUGUAUGUUGUUAUAACUUCUUAGGGAGUUGACUACCUUCACUUUACAUGUAAAUUUCAAAUUGAAUUUCAGUAAAUAAAAAU